UGCUACUCCGUAAUUAUUUUCCUCUUCUUCCUUGCAACAUUUUCUCUUAUUUUUCUUCUUCUAACAAAACACCAAAAAAAUGAACCAUUUCAUCCUCCACCCGGACCUAAAGGCCUCCCCUUAAUCGGAAAUUUACACCAAUUCAAUUUUUUGAAACCACACUUAUCUUUUGCAAAGCUCGCCAAGAUCUAUGGCCCCAUAUACACACUUCGAUUUGUAAGUAAAAACGUCGUAGUUAUACAAUCAUCUACGAUGGCAAAAGAAGUCCUGCAGACGCAGGACUUAAACUUUUGCCAUCGACCUAUAUCAGUUGGCAUGCAAAGACUAACUUAUAAUGGUUCGGACAUAAUGUUUGCGAAGGAUUUCGAGUACUUUAGAGAAAUAAGAAAGAUUUGUGCUCUUCAUUUGUUUAGUGCAAAGAGAGUGCAGUGUUUUGCUCCAAUUCUACAGGAUGAAUUUUCAAGACUUGUUCAUAAGAUUUCUUCUCUUGCUUCUGCUUCUAAACUUGUCAACUUGAGUGAAUUGUUGUUUCUUUCUGCGGGCUCCAAUAUAUGCAAGCUUGCCUUUGUAUUGAGGAAAAUAGGAUAUAUUUUCCAAAUAUCUAAGGAUAUCUUUGAUAGCAUAUUUUAGGUAGUUAAUAAUAUCUUUUGAUACUUUCCUAAUUCUAUCUUGAUUGGGAUUGUUUUAGCUUGUAUUAUAUAUGGUGGUUCUCUUAGAAAUAAUAUUCAAGUUUUCUGUUUCAUUUAUUCUACAUGGUAUAAGAGCCAGAGUUUUUUUUUUUCAUAAAAUUUAGCCAUGGCCGGUGAUGAUACACCACCACCACCGCCACCACAAAAAAUAGAAACUAAUUCACCAUUCUAUCUAGGGGCGCAUGAUCGUCCUGGAGACUUUAUCUCUCCAAUUCGGUUAAAACUUGACAAUUUUGAUUCGUGGUCUCAAGCAAUUUUUGUUGCUCUUUCGUCUCGGAGGAAAUUUGGGUUUUUGGAUGGUACUAUCACUGAUUGUGUGCCGCCUGCAACCAAGGAGGAUUGGGUUGUGGUGCACUGUAUGCUCGUUUCAUGGCUCAUGAACACGAUUGAUCCGGAGGUAAAAUCUAUGCUUUCUAAUUAUGAUAAUGCAAAAAGUUUGUGGGAUGAUUUGCAUGAAAGAUUUUGUGUUGUUAACGGUCCUCGUAUUCAAAAUUUGAAAGCUCAAAUAAAUAGAUGUGAGCAAACUAAAAAUAUGUCAGUGGCUAUUUACUUUGGCAAAUUAAAAGUUUUGUGGGAUGAACUUGCUAAACUUGAACCAUUAAUUAAUUGCAAGUGUGGGAAGUGUACAUGUAGUGUUGGUAGGCAACAUGAGAAAAGGCGUGAAGAUGAUAGGCUCCAACAAUUUUUAUUAGCUCUUUGUUCUGAUUAUUAUGCUCAAACUAGCUCUAAUAUAUUAGCACAAGACCCUCUUCCCACAUUAAAUAAAGCUUAUCAAUAAGUCUCACAAGAUGAGCUUGUCCGAGGCCUUGAUAGGGUUCGAGAGGAACCGCAACAAGCUGUCAGUUUUGCUGUUCGUGGAGGUGGUGCUCGAGGUCGUGAAGGGUCUGAUCGCACCUCUAGUGGUUCAGUGUGUGCUAAGUGCAAGAAGGGUGGUCAUGAGACUUCUCGUGUUGGUCAGAUAAAAUAUGCAAUCAUUGCAAAAAAAGGGGGCACAUAGAGAACAAGUGCUUCGAGCUUCAUGGGUAUCCCCCAGGCAUGAGUGAUAGUAGCCAGGGGGGGACAGCAUCGGCGGGUCGUAGUCAAGGCUCGGCACGGGCUAAUGCAAUCUUGGGUUCGAAUGCUCCUUCUCAUGGUCAAGCUUUCACAUCUGAGCAAUGGAAGGCGAUCACGGGUUUAUUUGGAAAAGCCAAUGAAAAUCGUUUGAAUGGACCAAGCGAAGGAGCUGAUUGGAAUGGGAGCUAGGAGAGACGGACUAUAUUAUUUUAGCAAUUCGGAUUCGGUGAAUCUUGUAGGCGCUGUUGAAGCAUCCUCGGAUUUGGAGUUGUGGCAUCGUCGAAUGGGUCAUCCUUCCGAGAAAGUAGUUAAGUUACUUCCUCAUGUUAGUAGCAAUAAAGCUUGUUUAGAUAAAGGAUGUGAAGUAUGUAUGCGUGCUAAACAUCCUCGAAAUAAAUUUCCUUUAAGUGAUAGUAGAGCUUCUAGGAUUUUUGAGAAAGUACAUUGUGAUCUGUGGGGUCCAUAUCGACAUGUUUCGUCGUGUGGAGCUUGAUAUUUUUUGACUAUUGUGGAUGAUUAUUCUCGAGCAGUUUGGAUUUAUUUAUUAAUUGAUAAAACUGAGGUUUUACGAAAUUUUUUGGCUUUUGUUUCAAUGGUGGAUAGACAAUUUUCCCAAACCAUUAAAAUUGUGCAGAG